AUGACGAUGGAAACACUCACCAGUAGUCCUAACCAAGUCACGCCCCAUUCACCCAUGGACGAUCACUCGCAUGCUUCCACGAUGGAUCACAGUGCAAUCAUGACUACGGCUGUCAAUGUUGCAGAGUCAAAAGAAUUUUGGCCUCCACCUCCACCUGUCUCAGAAGACGAUCAGGUGGUAGGCGAAGUGGACGAAACAACCGUCUACGAAACAGCCUCCACGGACUCGUCGGAAGUGGAAGAAAUGUCAAUAAAAGAGGAAGAUCAGGAAAAGGAAGAGGACGAAUCGCCAGUGCGAAAGGCUCCCGAGGAACCUUCAAAGGCGCCAAAACAGGAGCAGUCGCUCCAAGCAGAGUCUUCGCACAGUAGCUACUUUCCUGUCAUUUCCUUGCACGAUUCUCAACACAGCAUCGUUUCUGGCCUCACAGCAUUCGACCGUAGUGCACAUAAGAGCGGCAGCGGUGACAAAGUUGACAGACUAAGAGAAGAGCUAUCCAUGCUGAAACUAAAUGUGCUGAAAGACGGACAUCACUUUUCCAAGGAGGAAAUUGUGAAUGUGUUGGACAAAAUUCAGGAGGACCUCUGCGGUGGUGGCGGCGGAAAGCCAUCCAGUCAGCUGUCUGUGAUUUCCAGCGAUGGAGAGGAUUCCUCCAUUGCAGGCUCGGAAUAUGGGGAUGACUCUAGUAGUAAAAGACGAAAGAAAAGCAAGUCGCUUCCUCCUGUGGAACGAGGUCGAAAGAAACCUCGCAAACCCAAAAAGAAUAAAUCCAGGGAUGUUCCACCAUCGCCAAAAACUCCAAGGUCUUCUAUCAGCAAGAGAGGCAAAAGGUCUUCGGAGGGAUCUUCUCGGCGCAAACAACGAACCAUUAAGGCACAAUCGGAGCGAUCUUCCAGGUCACUACCAGUGGAGGAUGGAUUCAACUCGGAAGCCCUCCGCAAGAUCCUCAAGGGGGAAGGGACCUCUAAGAUGUCAACCUUGAGAGAAGAGCGGUCCACAGAUACCCGAUCCACAAAGAGCUCUACCAAGAGCAAAGGGAGAAGCUCGAGUCUCAACCCGAAAUCGAGAAGCAACAGUAUUGCCGCUCCGAAAAUGGGUCGCAAACCCCCGGAUGCUGUCGCGGCUGACUUUUCGGGACAGCUAAAUGAUACGCAAGGCUUGAAGAAAGGCAAAGCACCAAGACGAAAGAGUGCCCCCAUGAUGGGUGCGGAUUUUGAUCAUCUCGCGGUCCUCCAACAGGCGGCUAUCUUCAAGACGGAACUCAACGAUGUAGAACAGCAACAAGAACCGCGACGACGCGAACGAAAACAAAAAGGCAAGGCACCUAGGCGACAAAGUGCCCCAAUGAUGGGCGCUGACUUUGACGUCUUUGCGGCUAGGUUCCAAGAAGAAAAGCAACAACAGAAAGAGCAACGGGCUUCUGGGGAUGACAAGACCCGGUCCUCGACGGAGAGUGCUAGUAUUGCUGGCAGUAGUGUCAACACGGAUAACGAGUCGGCUGCUACCAACAAGAAGAAGAAAAAGAGCAAAAAGAUCAAGAGCAGUCGAAGACGAACCAUGUCCGCCGUCUACACGGAUCAAUCGGGACAACUCAAUCCUAUCGAUCUGUCGGCACGAACAGAAGGAGAAGAUUCGUCUGUGGGUUCCUUUACCAGAAAAAAGAAAAAGAGCCGAAAACCAAAGAAUCGUCAUGCCAGCAUGGAAGUGCUCCCGUCCAACUUAAGUCAACCAGUCAAGUUGGAACGGCAUCAGACUUUUGAUAGCGUUAUCAGUCGCUUGCAACAACAGCAACAAACUCAAGAGACGUCUGUGACUCCAAAGCAAAGUCGACGAGCCAGUAUCUCGGAUUUUACAAAAUUUUCAGAGCACAUGACUGUGGAUUCGUUGGAAGAAGAAAAAACCAACAAUGAUAAUAGGAACGAGCUCAACAUUUACCAUUCGCCCAAGAAGGAAGAUCCCGAGGCCAGCGAUGAUAUGAGUAGCAGGGUGUUGGAGGACGAGAGUGACAGUCCGGUACCACCCGUGACACGAUCCAAGCUGGCACAGGCCAAACGAAAGAGUACGCAAUUCUUUUCCAAGGUUGGUUCAGCGGCAUCGAUUAUUACUUCGCCCCGAUCCGCUCGACGCAAGAAGAAAACUAGUUUGGGAAAGAGCUCAUUGACUAUUCCCGGAUUGAAUGGAUUGAAUUCGGCUUGA